UAAUUGCCUUGUUCCAUAUUCUCUUUGCCAGUCCGAGGGAGACAUCCCUGCUGUUACUGUUGCUGCUGCGGCUGCUGUCAUCAACUGGUUCCCUACAAUGCCUUCAGUUCACACUCUGCUUGGACUCCUUGCCAUCUCCAUCUUCUUCUCCCUGACCCUGAGUGUCCCAGGGCAGCCAAAGACCAAACUCCAGAAUCCCAAAGGAAAGAGGAAGGGGUUGACGAGGACAAAAAUUCUUCCCUCAGUGGCUCAGGGAUCCUUAGACUUGGUCCAAAGGGUGAAGCUGCCAGGGGAAAAGGUGUUUGCCUUAAUGGAAGAAUAUGAAAGGAGCAUUCAGGAGAUGGUGGCCCAGCUGAGGAACAGCUCAGAGCAAUCUAAAGGCAAAUGUGAGGUCAACCUGCAACUGUGGAUGUCCAACAAGAGGAGCCUAUCCCCAUGGACAUACAGCCUGAAUCAUGACCCAGCAAGAAUCCCUGUGGAUCUCCCAGAGGCCCGCUGCCUUUGCCUAGGCUGUAUCAAUCCCUUCACGAUGCAGGAAGAUCGAACCAUGGUGAGUGUUCCUAUUUACAGCCAGAUUCCAGUACGUCGUCAUCUGUGCUCCUUGUUUCCCCGGGCUGGCUGGAAGCAGCAAAAGGCCUGUGCUCCGAGAACUGUCAUGGAGACAAUCGCUGUGGGCUGUACCUGUAUUUUCUGAGCAGGGCCAAGAGAAUGGCACUUUCUCCUCUCUGAUGAUGGACCUACAUAUUGAGCUACAGUGGGACUGCCCUUAGUAUUGUUGAUCCAACAAUUUAAUUUGAGUCAACAAAUAUUAAUUAAAUGCUUAUUGUAAGCAAAGCCUUACCUUUGGAUAUGAAGAUGGAAGAGGAUGCUAUCUCACGUUUUUGGACAUGGCCAAUGGGGAAUUUGUUUUGCUGGACUAUGCAUAUUUGAUAUAAGGAGCUUUUCUUAAUUGUUUAAUUGUUGGGGGGGAGACAUAAUA